AUGAAGGUCCAUCCGUAUGCUUGCACAUUCUUUCGACUCUUGCUGUCUCUGAUCUGUCGUAAUGUGUCGUCUUGUCUUGGCCGAAUCAGACUGGACGGAGAGGAGUGUCUACUUGUGGACAUGACUCUUUCAAGGCCUCCAAGUGGUUCAACUAGCGAGGCAACCAUCUAUCGGGACCUUUCAUCCGUACACCUCACUGGAAUUGUAGACUUGGUGUUGACCCGCCGGUGUGAAGGUUCGGCUUGUCUGCCACCCUGUCAUUACUCGGUCUUCCUUUUGUUGUCGACGGGGUCGGCGGCUGUAAUGGUCGCCGUUUCGACAGUCUCCUUUGCAGUGAACAAGCCGGCCGAGAGGAGCGCUUUCGUUCGUAUGCAACCUCGACUGGCUCCCGAUCAAACCAUGUCCCUCUUCUCGUCUGGUGGCCGCCCCAUCGAGCCCCGACUUCCGGUGCAACAGACACAAGGUCCGGUUGAUCUGGACAUGGCGACCAAACUUUUCAACAACCUGACAACUGGAUGUCUUUGCGAAGCGGAGCCGGCCGGUCCGGAGCUGGACGGACCAUUGUCCGCUGUCGUCGGCGCCUCGGUUGCCAGCAGAACAGCCGCCUCUCUCACCUACCUUCAGCCGGGGGGCACGGCCCUGGCCGGUUCCGGUUCCGGUCUCCAGGCGGCCCGCGUCGGCAUGGGCCAUCUGGAGCGGGUUGCCAGUGACGACGACCUUCUGGAAAGGUCGGCCGCCAUCCUCGCCUCGGCUGCUAGCGGUUUUUGGGCCGGCCAGUUCGCCUAUCCGUUGCCCAGUUCCCCGCCCGCCGCUGCUCAUCUCCUCCUCUCCCUCGCCUCGUCAGUCGCAGAAACUCAGUCCUCCUCCGGUCUCCAGGCCCGGUUGCCGUCACAUCCGCCACCGCCGCCGCCGCCGCCGCCGCCAUCACCACCGCCACCUCCGCCGAUGCCACCAGUUACCGUGUCUCCGGGCCGCAGCAGGGCGGACUCAGUUGCUGGGGCCCAGUUGGGCGGUCGUGAUCCUGAACCGGUGGGCAACGCGGCCUAUCGAAAUGCCAUCGCCCACUUGGCCAUGCUUGGACUGGGCCGAAGUACGGCUUGUCUGCGACCAAGUUGUCCGGAGGAUCGGGAGACGGCAGCCGCAGUCGUUGCCGCCGCAGCAGUUGCUGCUGCCGCGGCCGCAGCCAGUCGACCCAGCGAGCCGACAACCAGUUUCUACCAGAAUCCGACCGGAAUGGACCUCAACCAGACCCAGUCCGGAUUCAAAAGCUGGCUGCAGAACACAUUUCAGACCUCUGAGACAGCAGGUCUUCUGGCCUCACCGCUUGACGAGAGUCACUACAUCGCAGAGUAA